UUCUAAAAACGUGGGACGUACUACGUUACGACGAACCAGUCAGCCACCGUAGCGUUUUACGCAAGGAGCGUGCUACACGGUAGCUACUCGCCCAGUUCUGUAAACAUCAUUCUUUGGUUGGGACUUCUCUUGCAGGCUGUUCCUCCAAGUCAUUCAAGCUGUACUCUCCAAAGGAGCCCCCCAACGGCAGCUCCUUUCCCCCGUUCCACCCCGGCACCAUGCUGGACAGAGACCUGGGCCCAACCCCCAUGUACCCCCCCUCAUACCUGGAGCCUGGAAUAGGGAGACACACACCAUACGGGAACCAGACAGACUACAGGAUAUUUGAGCUCAACAAACGGCUACAGAACUGGACAGAGGAGUGUGAUAAUCUGUGGUGGGAUGCGUUCACUACAGAGUUCUUUGAGGACGAUGCCAUGUUGACCAUAACCUUCUGUCUGGAGGACGGGCCCAAGAGAUACAUCUCCUCCUCCUCCUCCGCAGCGAUUGGCCGGACGUUGAUCCCGCGGUACUUCCGGAGUAUAUUUGAGGGGGGUGCCACCGACCUCUACUACGUGUUGAAGCACCCCAAAGAGUCCUUCCACAACAACUUCGUCUCGCUGGACUGUGACCAGUGUACCAUGGUUACGCAGAACGGAAAACCCAUGUUCACACAGGUGUGUGUGGAGGGUCGUCUGUACCUGGAGUUCAUGUUUGACGACAUGAUGAGGAUCAAGACGUGGCACUUCAGCAUCCGACAGCACCGCGAACUGAUACCGCGCAGUAUACUGGCCAUGCACGCCCAGGACCCCCAGAUGUUAGACCAGCUGUCUAAGAACAUCACCAGAUGUGGACUGUCUAACUCCACCCUCAACUACCUCCGACUGUGUGUGAUUCUGGAGCCCAUGCAGGAGCUGAUGUCCAGACACAAGACCUACAGCCUCAGCCCCAGGGACUGUCUCAAGACCUGUCUCUUCCAGAAGUGGCAACGCAUGGUGGCCCCGCCAGAGGAGCCGGAGAGGCAGGCUCCCACUGAACCAGCCAGACAGGCCCCUAAUAAGAGGAGGAAGCGUAAGAUGUCAGGCGGCAGCACCAUGAGUGCCGGAGGAGGAACCAACAACAACAACAACAAGAAGAAGAGUCCAGCGAGCAGCUUCCCCCUGUCCAGCCAAGUACCAGACGUGAUGGUGGUGGGAGAGCCCACCCUGAUGGGAGGGGAGUUCGGGGACGAGGACGAGCGCCUGAUCACGCGGCUGGAGAACCAACAGUUCGACGCGGCCAACGGCAUCGAUGACGAGGACAGCUUCAACAACAGCCCCGCGCUGGGCGCCAACUCUCCCUGGAACAACAAGGCCCCAUCCAGCCAGGAGAGCAAGAGUGACAACCCUACGUCUCAGGCCUCACAGUAGAGGAGGGGAGGGAGGGGAGGGGCUUCCGUAGUCUUAAAGGGGUUUCCUCUCCUUGUGGGUGUGUGUCAAUUGUCUGUAGUGGCUUCCUGACUGUUCUUAUGUUUUCCUCUUAAAGGGGCAAUCCGCAGUUGAAAAAAUAACUUAGUGUCACCUCUACUUCCUGUUUUAGUAAAAAGCUGAGGGAUGGGCCUGGAGAAGUGUAACCACUCUAAAAUUCAUAGACCGCUAUGGGUACAAGGACUGACCAUCCAAGAUAUAACAAACAUAUAUAUAUAUAGUUUUAAGCAUGUUUUGAGGCUAUACUGUUUUUCAUUAGAUGGUUACAGAGUAAACCACAUUGAUAUUGUGGGUUGUGACGGGGUGCGUCAGUUGAAUUAAGCCCCUGAGACAACAGGUACAUAUCAUUCAUUCAGAAGUCCAAAAAAUGGCUGUAGGGACUACGGAUUGCCCCUUUUUUAAUAGGGAUUUUUAUCUUGGCCUGUGGAGUAGACGAAGGAUCCCACUGGUUGAUAAGAGGUUACCUUUCCCUGUCUACCUUCCUACAUCAGUUCUGAUAUGAGAGCUUGGUAGGUGACAGGAAAUGACUGAGAGCUAUUACUUAUAGGGGCCUCCAGACCUGGCUCUCCUAGCUGGUCUUUUAAGGAGAGACCUGAGGAGAGGGAAGACGCUUGGGACAGUUGAGAUGCACCCAGGUAGGGGUGCAGGAAGGGGUGGUGGGGUAGGGAGAGGGCGGGGGAGGGGGACACAUCUACCUUCAGAAGAAUCAUGGUCACUAGAUAUGGAGUCUUAACUCUGGUCCACUCUGCUGCUGCACUGUGUGUGUGUGUGUGGCUGUUACUUGGUCAGAACUAAAGCCUGGACUGUGCCAAAGCUAGCGGACCGGAGUUGAGAUCCAAUCAGUUUAAAAUGCUUUCUCACACACACAGACACACACACACACACACACACCAUUGAAGGAGUACUGAUCCAACCUUUUAACAGAUAACAGAAAGCAUUUAAACAACAACAUUUUAGAGUUUUCUACCAGUCUCUAUUUCCCUAGAAUGUUUUUAUUUUAUUUUCUACUCCUGCAUUUCAAACCUACUUUUUAUUUCUUCUUUUUUACCGACGAUAUUCAGAAGCUAACAGACCAAGGAGCCAGAAAACAGGACUAUUCUACCCUCCCCCCUGACAAAAUAUAUUUGGUCUGUUUUAAUAUCUUUUAUGUUUUAAAGAGAAAUAAUUGUGGAUGUUUUUUGAGAUUGAUUUUCUCCUGGUUUUUCGUGUAUUUGUGCUUGUAUAUUUAAGGUAGUAGCAACGUCCUGUACGACUGUAUCCCAACUUAGAGGUUCCUGAAGACAUUCUGAUCUGAUGGAAAGAAAUGAAAUGAAAAAGAAAUGGACAAAAAGAAGGAAAAAACACAUGAACCUCUUGACCAAUCCCCUCUCUCCAUUUACAUCUCUUAACCAAUCCCGUCUCUCCAUUUACAUAUCUUAACCAAUCCCGUCUCUCCAUUUACAUAUCUUAACCAAUCCCCUCUCUCCAUCUACAUCUCUCAACCAAUCCCCUCUCUCCAUUUACAUCUCUCAACCAAUCCCCUCUCUCCAUCUACAUCUCUCAACCAAUCCCCUCUCUCCAUUUACAUCUCUCAACCAAUCCCCUCUCUCCAUCUACAUCUCUCAACCAAUCCCGUCUCUCCAUUUACAUCUCUCAACCAUUCCCCUCCAUCUACAUCUCUCAACCAAUCCCCUCUCUCCAUCUCUCUCUUUCUCUCUCUCUCUUUACAGUGUCCAUCCUGAUCAUAACAGUGACACCUCUCUCUCUCUCUCUUUAGUGUCCUCCUGAUCAUAACAGUGACACCUCUCUCUCUCUCUCUUUAGUGUCCUCCUGAUCAUAACAGUGACACCUCUCUCUCUUUCUCUUUAGUGUCCAUCCUGAUCUCUUUUCUUCUUUCUUUUAAAUGUUUUUAACUUGUGUACAUUCAUUUAUAAAACCCUGGGGUACAGUCACCAUUGAGAAGACAAAACCCUGGGGUACAGUCACCAUUGAGAAGACAAAACCCUGGGGUACAGUCACCAUGGAGAAGACAAAACCCUGGGGUACAGUCACCAUUGAGAAGACAAAACCCUGGGGUACAGUCACCAUGGAGAAGACAAAACCCUGGGGUACAGUCACCAUUGAGAAGACAAAACCCUGGGGUACAGUCACCAUUGAGAAGACAAAACCCUGGGGUACAGUCACCAUGGAGAAGACAAAACCCUGGGGUACAGUCACCAUGGAGAAGACAAAACCCUGGAGUACAGUCACCAUUGAGAAGACAAAACCCUGGGGUACAGUCACCAUGGAGAAGACAAAACCCUGGGGUACAGUCACCAUUGAGAAGACAAAACCCUGGGGUACAGUCACCAUUGAGAAGACAAAACCCUGGGGUACAGUCACCAUGGAGAAGACAAAACCCUGGGGUACAGUCACCAUGGAGAAGACAAAACCCUGGAGUACAGUCACCAUUGAGAAGACAAAACCCUGGGGUACAGUCACCAUGGAGAAGACAAAACCCUGGGGUACAGUCACCAUGGAGAAGACAAAACCCUGGGGUACAGUCACCAUUGAGAAGACAAAACCCUGGGGUACAGUCACCAUGGAGAAGACAAAACCCUGGGGUACAGUCACCAUGGAGAAGACAAAACCCUGGGGUACAGUCACCAUGGAGAAGACAAAACCCUGGGGUACAGUCACCAUGGAGAAGACAAAACCCUGGAGUACAGUCACCAUGGAGAAGACAAAACCCUGGGGUACAGUCACCAUGGAGAAGACAAAACCCUGGGGUACAGUCACCAUGGAGAAGACAUGUUUGCAUCUUCAAGUUCAGCAGAUUUAUUUUUUUUCAUUUCAUUUUUCUAUUUAUUUUUAAUGAAAUAUCAGAUAUACGUUCUGUGUCCCCCCCCCCGGUUACACACUCAUCCUAAAUGUACACUACUAUUAGCAAAUAAGCUAACGAUCUACUGCUGUUUAAAAAGUCUGAACAGACAACCUGACAUCAUUCAUCCACCCAUGUGUCCCAAAUGGCACCCUAAUCCCUAUCGAGUUAUGGUCGAAGGUAGUGCACUACAUACAGAAUAGAGUGUCAUUCGGGACGCAGCCCCAACUAGUUAUUAAUGUUUACCUGAAGUCGUAAGGGUUGUAUGUAUUUCCAAUACCUGUGUUGUAUAGGCUUGAUCUGUAAUAUUGAGUCUGUUGCGCAUGUGUUUGGUAAUACCUUCAAUUCUCACAAGGGGGCGCUGUUAGAGUAUCACAAAUAAGACCAUUCCAUAACUUUAUACAUCCAGUUCAACCAUGUGCAGUGAUAUGAUCUGCCCCCCCCAAAGCACCCUAUGUAGUGCAGUACUUUUGUUCAGGGCCAAUAUGAGAACAGGGGGCCGUUUGGGACAUGGUCCUUGUUAUUUAGUUCUGUAAAUGUUGUUCCAGCUCUGUCAAGUACAUUUUCAGUACAGCUCUGGCUGUAACAGAGAGAAUAUGUCCCAAAUGGCACCCUAUUCCCUACAUAGAGCACUACUUUAGACCAGGACCCAUUGGCCCUGGUCAAAAGUAGUGCACUAUAUAAGGGAACAGGGGGCCAUUUGGGAUGCAAGCCUAGAGAAAGGUGACUGGUACCCUAAACCAACCCUGUAGAAAAAGCCUUGUUUGAUAUUUUGGUUAGUUUUUUUGCCCUUGAUACUUAUUGAUGAAUUAAUUAAUGUAUGGUACCAAUAAAAAUAUACAUUUUCACUUUAAAAUGAA